UAAAGUCCAAAACCAUAGGGAAAAAGAAAAACAACAGCUCAUAGCACUCGCCACACACGUGCUAACUCUCAUUCUCCUCCAUACUAAUUGCACUAAACUUAUCACUUUCGCUUCUUUUUUUUAUGCAUUGCUGCUGCUUCUGCUUCUGCUUAUUUAUCAAUUAUUAAGCUAUGAACUUUCCAAAUCCAACUCAUGCCACGUCAUCACCUUCUACUUCUUCCUCCUACACACUCACUCAUGCUUCUCCUCAUUUCAAGCGCCCUCUGUUGUUGCCGCAGGCAAUCUGUACCUCACAAAAAAAGUCAUUCUGCUCCGGAGUCCAUGCAGAGGCUUAUGUUAACUCUAAUCCUAUGAAAAGUUACAUAAAACCCGUGUUCUCGGUGGAAGCUUUAGUAACUGGAACAGCUCAAGAUGUUUCUGAUACAACUCUUAAUGGUGAUGACAAGAUUGGAGUGUUGUUGCUAAACCUUGGAGGUCCAGAGACUCUAGAAGAUGUGCAACCUUUUUUAUUUAACCUUUUUGCAGACCCUGAUAUUAUACGAUUGCCGAGGAUGUUUAGUUUGCUUCAAAAGCCAUUGGCCCAGUUUGUAUCUGUUCUAAGGGCUCCAAAGAGCAGAGAGGGCUAUGCUUCAAUUGGCGGCGGUUCUCCACUUCGACGUAUAACUGAUGCACAGGCGGAAGAUUUGAAGAAAUCUCUUUCGGCAAAGAAUGUCCCCGCCGAAGUGUAUGUUGGUAUGCGUUACUGGCAUCCAUUCACCGAGGAAGCUAUUGAACAGAUUAAAAAAGAUGGAAUUACAAAGCUGGUCGUUCUCCCACUUUAUCCACAAUUUUCAAUAUCAACCAGUGGCUCGAGCUUACGUCUACUGGAGAGCAUAUUCCGAGAGGAUGAGUAUCUAGUCAACAUGGAGCACACGGUGUUACCUUCAUGGUAUCAACGUGAAGGAUACAUAAAGGCCAUGUCAAAUUUAAUCGAAAAAGAGCUGAAGAGUUUUGACUGCCCUAAGGAGGUCAUGAUAUUCUUUAGUGCGCACGGGGUUCCUCUUGCUUAUGUGGAAGAAGCCGGUGAUCCAUACAAAGCAGAAAUGGAGGAGUGUGUGGAUUUGAUCAUGGAAGAGCUUGAGACAAGAAAGAUAACAAAUGCUUACACCCUUGCCUAUCAGAGUAGAGUUGGACCUGUGGAAUGGUUAAAACCAUAUACAGACGUGAUGAUAGUUGAACUUGGAAAAAAGGGAGUGAAAAGUCUGUUGGCUGUUCCAAUUAGCUUUGUCAGUGAACAUAUUGAAACUCUAGAAGAAAUUGAUGUUGAAUACAAAGAAUUGGCUCUAGAAUCUGGUAUAGAAAAAUGGGGCCGUGUUCCUGCUCUAGGAUGUGAACCUUCCUUCAUUUCUGAUUUGGCAGAUGCCGUGAUUGAAAGUCUCCCAUAUGUUGGUGCCAUGGCAGUUUCAAACGUCAAUGCUCGACAGUCUUUGGUUCCGCUCGGCAGCGUAGAGGAGUUAUUGGCAACAUAUGACUCGCAACACAGGGAGUUGCCAUCACCGGUGAUAGUGUGGCAAUGGGGUUUGACAAAAAGUGCUGAAACUUGGAAUGGAAGAGUAGCCAUGCUAGCUGUGCUGCUGCUUUUGUUUUUUGAAGUCACUACACCUGAUAGUGUUUUUCACCAGUGGGGAAUAUUAAUGUCCUCUCUUAGGUGAAUCAAUCUCAACAAUGUUCUUAAAGAGAGUGGAGUUCAUAGUUUGAGUUCAAUUUUGAUCAUUCUGUGUAUAGUUUUUAACACUACCAUCAAGUCAUGCUCUUUUCUUUUACGCUAUUGAUGGUGUUGUUAUAUCACUUGAUCCAUUUAAUAAAUCCUACUUAGUGGGAAGAAGUUCUUGUUGUUUUUUUA